AUGUUGAGGACGGCCUCGGGAAUAAAUCUGAAGCUCCUUGAUCGAUCUACAAGCUCGAAGAUCGGAGCUGGGAUAUUCACAAGGUAUUUAUCAAGUAUCUCUCGACCUGUCUCUAGGUGUAGGAAUAUCCCAUUAUUCCAAGUCAACCUACCGUCUAUUCCAAGAUCAUCUUUCAGGCGCUUCACAGGUGAAGCUGAGGCUUCGAAGAUAGUGAGAGCUCAAUCGCAACCCGUGGACGUCUCAGCAUGGACAGAUAUAGGAAUACAUCCUUCCUUAGCUGAACAGCUAAUCACUGCGUAUCCACAUAUACGGUAUCUCACACCCGCUCAGAAGCUGUUCUUAUUGGCUAUAGGAGCUGAUAAAGAAGUUUUCUUGAAAGAUGAAAUGGGUCGUGGCAAAACACUCGCUCUUGCUCUGGCUUCGCUGAACAUCGUCUUGCAAUCUCCUUCAAACUCAAUGGAAAAGGGUGUAAAAGUCAUGAUAAUUGUCCCUACACCAUAUUUAGCUCAACAAAUCUAUUCUCAUUUAAAUCAAUUAUCGCCAAGAUCGACUGAAUCAGAAACACCCCUGUUCACACUACUACGUUCUCCUCCUUCUGAUCAGCCAGGAAUACCUUACAAUGGAUCAUUGAUGUUGCCCGAUUACCCAAUACUGGUUUCUACUGCAAAAGAUCUGUUAUCUUAUGAAAUACAAGGAGAUCAAUCAAUACCAUUACCUUUUUUAAGAUAUAUAUUCUUAGAUGAACCUGAUACUUUGAUCGGUUCAGUUCCAAGUAGACAUACUACACGUGAAAUGUUAUUCAAUCACCCAUUAUUCAAACAUCCACCUCCAAUCAUAAAAGUCUUGAAUGACCUUCUAUCAAUCAAACAACUACAACUAGAACAACAACAAGAACAAAGAAAUGAUACUACCAGAAUGGAUUUCAGUAAAAGGAGAAAUGAUAUAAAUACUAUUUGGACAAGUGCUACACUGAAUAAAGAUUUUAAGAGAUUAAUCAAAACUAGAGGCUGGAUCAGGAAAGGUAAUAAUAAUCUAGUAGAUUUGGAUUUCACAACUAAAGCAAGUGAUAAAUCAGUUGAAAUUAGAGAGAGAUUAUUAUUCGCUAUUGAAAAUCAACUUCGAGCAAAAUCAUCAUCAUCAUCAACAUCACCAAUCACCUCAACGACUAUUGAUAAUAACAACAAUGGGAAUGAUAAAUUAGACAUACGUGAAGGUCAACAUCGACAUCAACAUCAACAUCAACAAAUGGAACCUUAUCAUUAUGGACUAGUGAUAGAUCCAAUAAACGGUUCCAUAUCUUCUUUAGAUUUGAAUUCAAUAUCAACUUAUAUCCCACCGAACAAACUGGACACUUCUGCAUCAUCAUCAUCAUCAUUAUCAAAAGCGAAAGAAACAAAACCUUUUGAGAAACAUAAUAAUACUAUUCCUAUCGAAAUGAUCGAAUCGCUCUCGUUGAUUCAUAUCACAUCUCCUCCGCCUGCAGAUAGGUAUUCAUUGAUAUUACCUCCAGAGGGAAUUUCACUUUCCACUGUAUCGGAAGAACUUUCAAAUCUUGGUAUGUCAUCUUUGAUCCUUACUCCAGAACUUGUAGACUUAAACCUGGAUUUGGAGUUCGCAGAGAUGGAUAAGGAGAUGGAAUUGAAAGGUCAGGAAAAGCAAAGGGAAGAUACAAACAAAAGUCAAGAUCAAAGUCAAAGUCAAGAAGGACAGUCGGGUCAAGAGGGUGGUGACUCACAAUUACCAAUGCUACUAGCGCACAGAUCAUCCAUACCAGGAUUGAACCUACCCUCACUUCAUACGAUAUAUCUAUUAGACGGAUUAGAUGUCAAGGGACUAAGUAAGAAACAGAGGAAAACAGGUGGUGUCAAAGACCGAUAUGGUUUUUAUCAUUUGGUUUCUGGACGUUUAGGUAGAUUGGGUAUGAUACCUUCGUCUUCAUCUUCCUCUUCUGCUGAAAUCCAAGUGAACGAGAACGGCCAUGCUAUCGGGCCCACAAAGGGAAACCCAAAUGACAGACAAAGGGUCAUUAGUCUAGUAAUGGGUGGCACGGAAGAUGAGAAGAGGUUGAAAGAAAUGUUUAGUGAACCUCAACAGGAAGGUAAAUUACGAGAAUGGGAUAUGAAGGGAUUGGAAGUAGCUCUACAAACUGGCAUGGCUGAUUAG